GAGUGUUCGUGUUGCUCGACAGUUGCGUUCCGCGUCUCUAACCCCUGUUCUUCUCUCGGUUGCCGCACAUUUAUAUAAACGUCCGCGUACACGCGCGCACGUUGUGUUGUUCGAUUCGGUGUGUGUUACUUGGAUCGCGGUACUGCGAUCACAACCGGUGUUUCAAUCACGCAAAGAGCAAUCAUGAUGAGCGAGACGAUGAUGCAGGACGAGCGCACGAACAUCCAUUAUUCCGUGUCGUCCAGCGCGUAUUACGGUUUCGUGCCGCUAACCGUGCGCGAUAAUCAGCAAGACUCGUGCAAUCUUCCGUGGCGCGACUGCCGACUUGAGGCCCUCGAGGAAUGGAAUUGGCAGUCGAAUUCGCGGGAGCUCGGCGGCGGCUCCCGUGGCCAGCAACUCCCGCGGGAAGACUUCGGCCGGAAAUGCCUGAAACGCACGCGAGACCUCGCGAGUCAGGAGCGACCGUUAGGAUUGAAACGACUCCGACGAGGAGAGAACGGCAUGGCAAUGCCAACGAUACUUACAUUACAAGAAGUACAAAAUAGUAGUAUGGAUUGGACGUGUAACAGCUCGGCAGAAGCGUUAGACGUUGACUUAGACGCUGCCGUUUGUACAGAGCAACAGCCUGCAUCGAGCGAGAGCUGCCUGCAGACUUGGGCAGCAGGUAAUUCUAGUUCGAUAAGUAAACCAGAUCAUAAAUAUUUAUCGCCAAGCAAUGAUUCCAAGUCGGACGACAACAGCAGCGACGAAUAUGAGAAAUUGUUGUUCACGACACACGGAUGCUCUGCGUAUCAUCAUCAGCGAGUGGUGCUCAAUUAUAUGGAGAUUUAAGCGCAGAGCGCCCGGACGAGAUCUUGUUUUAUCAUCAUUCUGAGUGUGUGUGUGUACAUAUAUAUAUAUAUAUAUAAUAUAUGUUUGUAUUAGAACGUGCGUGCUACAUAGUAUGCAUUUACAUAACGUAUAAAUCAGUGCUUUGUAUUUGGGAAAAUACAAUAAAUAUUUACUUUUCUAUAUUUAAUAACGCACGCGCUCUCUCUUUGUAUUUUUCUUCUUCCCAUGCGAAGAUUCGAACCCGGUUCUCCCACUUUGCGUUCACUUCGACGUCCGCAUCAUCCGAUUCUUUCUUUCUGA